UUUUUAUAUAAGUAUUUGAGUCCCCUCUGUAAUAGAGCCCCCUUGGAGGAUGGUUGAAAAAUAGAGCCUAAGGGGCUUUGUUACAAAAAAUAUGGUAUAUAAGCAUUUUCUAGCCACAGACUCAGGCUUUUGAAAGUUAAAGAGAAGGGCUUUAAUUCAGAAAAUAAAAAAACAAUAGGGGUUCGGAGUCUGAUUGUUGUGUAGUGGUGACACUACUAUAAAAGCCAAUGUAAGCGUCAGUCUAAUUGGAUCAUACUAGCCCGGCUAAUCCCUGAUCUUCGUCUGUUCCAACUCUAUCCCUUCGCCUACACAUAGCUCUUUGGAUAAACUGUUAAUCUUUUGCACGUCUUUUUCUACAACCCUCGGACAUAACACGGAUAGCUUUUAUAUUUUUAAUUUUCUCACUUUUAAGCAAAUAGUAAAUUUAAAGGGUAAAAUAAAAAUUGUUGAUGCUUCUCCAAAAUGUUUUAAAACAAUGCUGGAAUAUUUUUAUAGUGGAGAAAUUGAUGAAAAAACACUCGAAACUCAUUCAAAAGAUUUAUUUGCCAUUGCACAUAAAUACCAAGUAAAACAAUUAAUGGAUAUUUGUGAAGAUUAUAUGAUCUCAACUAUUGCUGCUGAAAACUUUAGCAAGGAUUGCCUUUUUGCUGAGUUAUAUCAUCUUUCAAAACUCAAAAAGGUAGAUUAUUUUAUUUUGUGGCAAUUGCGGACAGAGUUUUCGGGUUACUUCGUAGAGUACAAUUGCUUAUCUUGAGUACAAUUGCUUAUGGAACGUUUAAAAAAUUUAAAAUUUGCGGACAGAGUUUUCGGAUUACAGUCAAUUGCUUAUCCUAUCCGUAUGGAACGUUUAAAAAAGACUUAAAAAUCAUGAAAAUUUUGGUGGAUAUA